AUGGCCGCCGGUGGAACAGACCUAUCGGUCCUCCUAGCGACUAUGGAGCCAACCCUGGACCCCACAACCUACGUCUUCAUCAACACAACCGAGCCACUCACCUCUCUUCCAUUGGCCACUCUUCAACCCCAACUCAUCGCCCAAGAGGCCGAGGGCACCACCAUCGUGACCACUGAAGCAUUGGCCACGUCGCAUGGCUACAAAGAAGUCGUCUUCCCGUGCAAGAAGAUCUCUCUCACCGUCCACUCCAGCCUCGAAGCGAUUGGACUGAUAGCAGCCAUUACGAACCGCCUCAAAGAUCACCAGAUCAGCACGAACGUCGUCAGCGGGUUCUUCCACGACCACAUCUACGUCCCAGUCGGACGCGCAGAUGAUGCGAUGCGAGUUCUGGUGGGUUUAGCUACAGAGGCGAACAGGCAAUAG